AUGCCCGGUCGAUCUGAUUACGGUUCCGCCUCUCUCUCCAUGUCUCCUCCUCCUCCCACCAACCUGUCAAGCUACGCUCGCUUCAUGCACGAGCACACCAAGCGCCAGAUGGAGGCUUCCGGUGCUAGCUCUUCCCCCUCCAACGCUACUGUUCAGCGCGCUGGACGUUCAUCUGCCAUGACAAACGGCCACACCAGCCCCAGCUACCAAUAA